GAGUAACUGUUGCACUUCCUGGAGCGGUUGCAAAUAAAGUGCUUGUAGGAGUGGUGCACGAAUCGUGAAGCAGGCGACUUGUGUCGUUCAACUGCACCGUCCUGAGCGAAAUGACUCGGCUUUUACGGUGCUGACGGUCGGUAUCGGCGGUAUAGCUAACUUAGACUACCAAUUUCUAUCAAGUAUUGGUACAGACCUACCUUCCGCAAAGAAGUACCGGACAGACAAACAAGGAAAUGAAGUCAAACGAACACGUGCUGUAGUUGCCAAGCUACACGCAUAUCACCUAUCUGGCUAACAGUUAGCGUCCCACUUUCUCCAAUCACGCUAGCUAGCUAACGUCACAGAUUUUCUCGCGAACCAACACACUUUUACAUGCAAAUAAUCACAAGGCAUUGAUGCUACUGGCUAACAACCUAGCUAGCUCAAAUCAACUGCCUCACAAAACACGUUUGAAUUAUCUAGCUAGCUAGCUAGCUAGCUGCCAAACACCAUGCUGUGAACACCAGCCAGUUUAGUCUAGCUACGUAGCAGGCAGGUUACAGACACACAGCUGUUUGUGCUAAAAAUACACAUAUCGCCAAAAUUAUCGCCAGGGAUUUGCCCAUCUUGGAGUGACAGGACAGCUACAUUACCUGCAACGAAGAUAAAAUACUGUGGUAACAUUACUGCUAGUGGUCGGAGAAACCUUAGCUAGCGCUAUACAUACACGGAGACAAUUGCAGUGGGCUUGAAAAUACCUGACAAGAUGGGGGAAGCUGUAGCUAAUGUUGCCAGGAGGAUUAAUGCAACUGUUGAGGAGCAAAGAGACACACUGGACCUGUCAGACUGCAAACUAAUUAGUUUCCCAGAAGGGGUUUUCAAAGUCCUAAGGAGUGUGAAAGAGAACAUCCAAGUAAUCACACUGGCAAACAAUGAAAUGAAAGCACUCACGAGCAAAUUUUUCACCACCUUCACUCAGCUGAGAGAUCUCGACUUGGAAGGCAAUGCCCUCAGCAAGUUACCAGAUGUGGCAGGAGGAAUGGAACAUUUGAGAAGUAUCAAUUUGGCCAGAAACCAAUUUUCCAUUUUCCCAGAGAGUCUUACUGAAAUCCGCACUCUUGAGAAGAUCAAUCUGGAAGGAAAUAAGAUCACUGAGGUGCCAGUGGAGAAGCUUUCAUCAAUGCCAGCUCUUUUGUCUGUUAACAUGAAGUCCAAUCCUUUGGACAAAGACUUGGUAGCUUCCAUCCCAUCCUCUGUCAAAUUUGAACUUCUAACUUCUAAUGAAGACUAAGAAUGCCUUGUGGUAUAAAUUAUGCAAGUUGUAUGAGCUGUACAAACCAGUGACUUCAUUUUCAAUCUGACUUUGGUAAAUUUUUAAUUAAAUAUUAUUUAUUUUAGAAUGGAGUCUUCCAAGGUUUUGAGCUUUCAUUUUCCCUCCAUCACACAUGGGCAUUGGCCUAAUUUUAAUUCAUUCAACUGUCACACACAUUUUGA